UGUGUGUGUGUGUGUGUGUGUGUCACAGGAUCAAAGAGCUGUGUCAGCAGUUUCCUCACGGCAUCACAGAUCAGGUGAUUCAGAACGACAUGCCUCACCUGGAGCCUCAGCAGAGAGCCAUGGCCAUCAACAAGCUGCUGUCAUUGGGUCAGCUGGACCUGCUGAGGAACAGUUCAGGUCUCCUGUACAGAAUGAAGGACACUCAGAGCACCAGUAAGAUGAAAGGUUCAGACAACCAGGAGAAGCUGGUCUAUCAGAUCAUUGAGGACGCCGGAAACAAAGGCAUCUGGAGCAGAGAUAUCCGCUUUAAGAGCAACCUUCCUCUGACUGAGAUCAACAAGAUCCUGAAGAACCUGGAGAGCAAGAAGCUCAUCAAAGCCGUCAAAUCUGUUGCUGCGUCAAAGAAGAAGGUGUACAUGUUGUACAACCUGCAGCCGGACCGCUCAGUGACGGGGGGGGCCUGGUACAGCGACCAGGACUUUGAGUCCGAGUUUGUUGAAGUUCUGAACCAGCAGUGCUUCAAGUUCCUGCAGAGCAAGGCUGAAGCAGCGAGGGACAGCAAACAGAGCCCCAUGGUUCAGAGGAACAGCUCCUUCGCCACCUCGCAUGAAGUCUGGAAGUACAUCUGCGAGCUGGGAAUCAGCAAGGUGGAUCUGUCCAUGGACGACAUCGAGACCAUCCUGAACACGCUGAUCUACGACGGGAAGGUGGAGAUGACCAUCAUCGCUGCCAAGGAGGGAACGGUGGGCAGCGUGGACGGACAGAUGAAGCUGUACCGCGGUGUUAACUCCGUCAUCCAGCCGACCGGCCUGGUCAGGACGCCCUGCGGACUCUGCCCGGUGUUUGACGACUGUCACGAAGGUGGAGAGAUCUCUCCGUCCAACUGCAUCUACAUGAUGGAGUGGUUGGACUUCUGACGGCUCAUCAGAUCUUCAGUUUAUUUUUUAUUUAUCACAAAGUUUAAUAAAAGUUCAAAAAUCCAA